GUUUGUACUUAUGGGCCGUAUAGAGGCUAUAUAUUGUCAUAUAUCAUAUAUCAUUCCUUCUGAUCUACAAGUUUGCCAUGACAAUCUGUGGGUCCUACAUAAUUUUAUUGUUGUUACUACCAUGAAAUUCCUCAAUAUAUAUUUAGUAUAUAUUUAUUAUUAUAAACAAUUAAAUGUUGUAUAAUUUGUAAAUAAUGAGUUUUAAAAUAGUAUCGAUGUGUUGCGACAUUAUUAUUCUUAAUGACAUUAAUAUCGAUGUGAAAAAAAUUACAGUUCCUAAAAUGACGUGGUGAAAAAAUAUAUAAAUCACUUUUGUUCAACACUUGGCUGCUACUGUCAAAGUUUAUGAAUCUGCAAUUUUUUCAUUAUACUGAAAGUUCCAGACAUCAGACAAUUCUAAAUUUUUAUAAAAACUACAACUUAAUGGCUGAAGGUAAGAAUACUGAUGAGGCUUGGAGAAAAUCUAAGGCAGAAGAUAGAAAUGGACUUUUCAAUCCUGAUACUGCUACAAGUUCAGUAGAUUCAAAUUCCACAUCUUUAGCUGAUAUAUUUGAUACGGCUUUUUCUUCAACGGUUGAUCCUACACCUCAAAGAUGUCCUGCUGGUACAGAAAUGGAGUAUGAACAUUUAUUUGCGGAGAGUGAUAUUGAAGAGGCUGAUUCACAAAAUCGCGUUGACUCAUUCACAAAUCAACCGGCACAACACUCGACAGCAUCUAAUAAUCUUGUCUUUUCAUCGUAUAGAUCACCAUCAGCUCCAAUAGCUGAUCCACGAUAUUGGCGUGGGGUUCGUAUUAAUAAUUGCAACAUGUGUCGAACAAGAUCACGAAGAGAUCAAGUAACACAGCCAUUGGAUAAUUUAUGUGACGAAAGAGCCUGUGCUCACUAUCGUCGUAAAAGAAUACUGUAUGACAGAGAAUUACCAACAAAGCAUAAAGCAAAGAAAAAUGAACCUCAUAAAUUAGAUAAUAGUAAUCAACAAGUUAAUAAUUUAAGUGUUGCUGGACCAUCAAGACUUAUUGAUACUCCUGUUGAUUACAGCAUAACCGGGUCAGCCAACCACGUCACUUAUACAAUAGACGACCAACAAUCUAACUCCAACAACAAUCUAACAAGACAAGUAACCAAUGAUAGGUCUUCAAUCCAGUCGACUGCUGUUUCUGCUCAAAUUUCACCAGGUGCUUCUCAUCAAACGACUAAUCACGAUGAUAUUCCUUCAGCACCGGAUUUGCAAUUAGAUUGGUCUUCGAGUAGUGAAAGCGAUGAUGAAGAUGGAUCAAUUCAAGUUCUUGAGACUGUUAAUUACAGCAAUAAACAAAAUACAAAUCAAGAUAAUGAACAGAGUGAUCGUACUGUGACUAUAGUAGAUUUAACUGCUGAAUCUGAUGAUGAAAAUCAUGCUCAUUCAACUGCGACAAAUCCUGUACCAUCACAAGUUCAAGAAAAUACAGCUCUUAGAAAUAAUUCUUACUGCGUUCAUCGACCACCGGAACAUCCUCGCGUAGUUCCUCAUGGAGUUCCUCAUGUACAUCAAGAUCAUCAUCAUCAUCGACCUCCAUAUCAAGAUGCACCUGGAACAAUUGGUUUAACAGGCACAAGAAUGCAUCCGGUUUAUCAACGCAUGUGGGUUCUUCAACAACGUAUACAAGAAAUUCAUCGGCGUCGACUUUAUCAACGUUCACCAGCAGUACACACUUGCACACCACCAAAUGCUCAUAUGUAUCAACCAGCUCGAUUUGUAACGGAUGAAAAUUCUAGCCCAAGCAGUCUUCCCAGAAUGUGUUGUGCAGCCAACGAUAGUGGAAAUCACGUAGAUAAUUAUCCCCAACAUCCUGUCCUACCACCUCCACAACAACCUACAGUAUACAGCCACCCAGAAGCUAGUGGACCUGAAUCUUUAGUAACAAAUUCUCCAAUAUUUCCAUCUUCAGUAUUGUUGAAUUCAGUUCGUAAUCCAGAAAUAGAAGCUCCUACACCUGACGCUAUGCAUCCAAUGCCUGUUCAUCAACACGUGCAUCAUCAUAUGUAUCAUUGGCCCCCGCCGAUGGGAAGACCACAUCUUGCUCGUAUGCCACACGUACAUAUUAUAUCACCACAUAUACAAAAUAAUGUACCACCUGAUAUGAUACCAACAUAUCCAGUACCGUUGUCUGACUUUGUUUUUCAAACAAGGCAUAUGAAUACAGGCUUUGAAAAUUAUAUGCGUAUUGUUGAUUUGCGACGAAUGUCUCAUAUAAGUUGUGGUGCAACACAAGAGUCUAUCGAAAACCACACAUUCCCUCACAAAUACAAACGCGUUAAAAAAGUUGAAAAUGGAGAAGAUGCCAUGGAAAAGUGUACAAUAUGUUUGUCAGAAUUUGAAGAUUUUGAAAGUGUACGAAGACUUCCGUGCAUGCAUUUAUUCCACAUAGACUGCGUGGAUCAAUGGCUAUGUACUAACAAACGAUGUCCAAUUUGUCGAGUCGAUAUUGAAACGUUUCUUCAUAAAGAACUUGCAGCAGCUGUAUAGCUUAAGGUCGGUAAUGUUUAUCAAUAACUAUCGUAUAUUAAUAUCUUGUUUAUCAAUAUAUCGAUGGCCUUACAUUUCCAUGGAUUUAUAAAACUUAAUGUAAUAAUCAAUAGUUUUAUGCUGAGAACAAAAUCGUAUUAAAUCAAAAUAUACGAAACAGUAAAAUUUAAAAUAAUUAUUUUCUGAGAUUCAUUAAAUAAACUCAGAAAUAAUAUUUUGUAAAUAAUAUAAUGUAUAUAAUUAUUUAGCUAAAAUUCAUAAUGAGCAAUUAAUAAAUGCAGUAAUAAUUGUCGAAAAAAAAAGCAUCAUGAUUUAGCGUUAAAAAUAAAAUAUAAGUAAAGACUGCAAUUUGAUUUAUUUAUUUAAAGUGUAGACAUAAAUUUGUAAUGAAUCAUUAUAAAUUUAUUAUUAGAUUAUAACAGUAGGUGUUUAAAAUAACAUAUAAUGAAUGUGUAUAAUUAGAAUUAUAUCAUAUCUUAUUAAAAUUAUACUACCAUUUCCUACAAGCUUAUGAAAAAAUUUUUGCACAUCAAUUUGUUGAUUUCGCCGAUGGUGCUAUGAUUAAUAUCUAUAGCAAUAUUGCUAUAAAAAAUAUAUAAAGUACGUAACAAUAUCUCGAAAUAAAUAUAUAAUAAUAAUAAUAAUAAUAAUAAUAAUAAUAAUAAUAAUAGUAAUUAUUAAAAACAUAAUAAUGGGAAUUAUUGUAAAAACCAUGCUAUAAAUUAGUAUUUUUUAAAUUUUUUUUGUGAACAAACUUGUCAUUUAAUUUGUUUUUAGUAUUUAUUUUACAAAAUAAUAGCUGUAAUAUUGGAAUAAGUGGAACUUAUUUUGUUAACAGCUUUGCGAUUAAGUGCAGUCAACUACCCAUUAUAAGCCUGGUCUAGGAGACGCAGGGAAAUUUUUCUUGGAAUUAAAAUCUCCCCACUACCGUGCGUUUAGUUUUGUUCUCGACUAUUCGUUAUAAGCCUGUUAAAUAGCAAAUUUCUAUGAUUAUUUUGGCUAUUUUUAUCUACUGUUAGUUUAUAAUUUGAAAAUCUUAACGGAGGCUUAUAACGAGGUGUUUUGUACAAAAUUUUUUGAUUCAGUAACUUGUGAUUAAGGGCAGUUGACCGUACUAUAAAUUUUGUAACUUUAAACGCAAUAAUUGUCAUUUUAUUUAAAAUUAAUUUUUUAAGAUAUUAAUAAUUUAAAAUAUUGAUUUAAUAAAUAUAGUGGGUCAAAUUUAUUACGAAGCUUUACAAUUAAUUUUGAAUAUUUUUUUUUAUUUAUUCAUUUAACUGCCACGUAAAUUUGUAUGAUAAUUAAAAUUUGAAUUAAAACAACAGUUUAUUAUAUUAAUUAGUUGAUUAGAAAAAUAAUCGAUUAAUAGCUUUAUAAAAAGCUUAAAAAAUUAUUUUUAUUUAUUAAAUUAACUGCCAGGUAAAUUUAUGUGAUAAUUAAAAUUUGGAUUUACCCGACUUAUUAUAUUGAUUGACAAUUAAUAUAAUCAUAAAGUCCUCCAAAAAUAGAUUUUCUUUUUUAAAUUAUUGAUAUUGAUUUUCUUAAUAUAUAAAAUUUUGUAAAAUAAUAUAAUUUAAAGUAUGAAUUGAGGUGCUGCAUUUUUUACAAACUAUGUAAAUAAUAGAUUUGUAAAUUCGGUACUACGACUAAAAGGUUGAAUCAUCUACACACAGAUAAUUUUACAGAAAAAAAUAACACUGGGACAACAACUCGAUAUUCUUGAGAAUUAUUAUAUUUGUAGUAAAAAACACCCAAAAAGAUAUUUAUUUUUUAAAUUAUAAUUUCAUUAUUGUAGUAAUUUUUCUAUAAAUUUUUCAUGUAAAAAAUAUACCGUAAAAUUUUCUGAGUGUAGGAAAAUAAAUGAAAUAUAAUAAUAAAAUAAUUUUAUAACUACAUAAUUUAUAAGUCUUUAUAAAUUGUAAAUAUUUAAGUAAAUAAUGUAACAUAAUGUUACUUAUAUAUAUUUACUGUUAAAGUGUAAUAGCCGCGUAAAAAAAAAUCCACGUAUUCAAAAUUAAUAAAAAACAUAAAUAUA